UUUCCCUCGUAUCAUUGAUCUUCUUUCGCUCACCCGCGCGCCAUUAGCCCCAUCGAGCGAUGGCUAUUAGGCUGAGGCAUCACGAGGAUCCAUGAUCUUCCGUCUCCCGACAUCUUCCGGUGCUGACCAAUCCCCAUAGCUUCCUUGUUGAGAUCAAUGACGAACACUGAGUACUAGGUUGGUAUCUCCAGAAGGAAGUAUGCGCCGUUGCGAAAUGUAUAAGAUGGAACAUGCAUCCUGCCACUAUAUCAGGCAGAACAAUGAAAUCAAUUGACACAAAUCACUACACCAUCCAGUCACAAUAAGCCCCAAAUGGACCUCAACAUCCCUGCCUCAGGCAACACCGUCGAAGUGAGCAUCAUCGACACAACCGCCAGAAUUCAUGGUCCUCCUGGAAUCUUUCUCACACCAGAAGUUGGCGGCUUCAAGGACCUCAACGCCGGCGCGUAUGCAUUCCUGGUCGAGAACAAGUCCCAGAACAAACGGGUUCUCUUCGACCUGGGCAUCCGCAAGGACUGGGAGAACCUGGCGAAACCCUUGUACGAUCGCCUGAAAGCCAUGUUCAGCAUCACCAUCGAGAAAGACGUGGCCGAGAUCUUGACCGACCAUGGCAUCGCAUUGGAAACCAUCGACGCGAUAAUCUGGAGUCAUACGCACUUCGACCACGUCGGCGAUGCCUCCACCUUCCCGUCCACAACCUCACUAGUAGUCGGACCAGGUGUAUCCGCUGCCUCGCUGCCGGCUUACCCGUCCAACCCAGCGAGUGAACUGCUGGAGUCGGAUGUCGCCGGGCGUGCACUGGUGGAAAUCUCCCCGGAGCAGUUCACCCUCCAGAUCGGUGGGUUCCGAGCCCACGACUACUUCGGGGACGGCUCGUUCUACCUCCUCGAUGUGCCAGGCCACGCGGUCGGGCAUGUCUGCGGUCUAGCCCGCACCAGCAGCAGCAAUGGGAAUGGCAAUGACAGCGAAGUAAUCAGCUCGGACACAUUCAUCCUCAUGGGCGCAGACACAAUCCACCACGCGGGCCAACUCCGCCCCUCGGAGCAUGUCCCCCUGCCCGACCAGAUCACGCCCAGCCCCUACACCGGUGUCUUGGUGCCCUGCCCCGGCGAGAUCUUCGCGGCGAUCCACCCCUUCCCCGAGAAGUACCAGACCUCUGCUUUCUACCACGUUCACAUCUUCCCCAACGGGAGAAGCGUGGCGGCGGAUCCAGAGGAAGCGGAGCGGAGUGUGGGCUCGUUGGCUGAGUUCGACGGCGCGAGCCAUGUCUUUGUGGUGUGUGCGCACGAUACGAGCUUGGAGGGGGUGGUGGAGACCUUCCCUGCGACUGCCAAUGCGUGGAAGGCGGCCGGGUGGAAGGAGACGGCCCGCUGGCGGUUUUUGCGGGAUUGGAAGGUUGAACGCGAGUGA